AUGCUACUGACUAUUUUCCAGUGUACUCAUGGAAGUGGAGCCAGAGAGCUGAUUACAGAACAUCAGGUGCAUGAUGGGAAGGCUUUGAAAUAUCCCACGGAUGAUGGCAUCGCGGAUGGGACUAAUGUCUUACGACUCCAUAGCAUGGAUGAUGAUGACAAUGAUGAUAACUAUGUUCACAAAGGAGUACAUGCUUCACAAGUAGUUCGUGAUCAUAAACAUAAUGGUGAUCAUGCUCACCAAGGGAUACAUUCAGAGCAUGUCCAUGCUCAUCCAUCAUCCCACAUGGAUCACAUUAAUCCUUCAUUGAUGGUGUUCUUCAUUUUGGAGGAUCUAAAGGUAGGCAAAAUAAUGCCCAUCUUCUUUCCCAAUGGAGACUCGUCCUCUUCUCCUCGCAUAUUGCCCAGAGAAGAAGCUGAUUCUAUUCCUUUCUCUCUGAAACAACUCCCCAAACUUAUUCAACUCUUCUCCUUCUCUCGAGGAUCUCCUCAAGCCAAAGCCAUGGAAGACACACUUACACAAUGUGAGAUAUUUGAACCCAUCAAAGGAGAGAUCAAGUACUGUGCUACCUCCUUAGAGUCCAUGCUUGAUUUUACUCGUCGCGUUUUUGGAUUGGAGACUCAAUUCAAAGUUGUAUCAACUAACUACCUCAAAAGGACAAAAAGUACUCUUCUACAAAACUAUACUGUCUUGAAGGUACCUCAAGAGAUCUCAGCUCCUAAGAUGGUGGCAUGUCAUACCAUGCCUUAUCCUUAUGCAGUAUUCUACUGUCAUAGCCAAAUGAGUGAAAAUAAGGUGUUUCAGGUUUCACUAGGUGGUGAAAAUGGAGAUAGAGUGGAAGCUGUGGUUGUUUGUCACAUGGAUACCUCUCAAUGGAGCCGUAAUCAUGUGUCCUUUCGCGUGCUUGGAAUUGAGCCGGGGAGCUCCCCAAUGUGCCAUUUCUUUCCAUGGGAUAAUUUCGUUUGGGUUCCAUUGCCUACUUUCAUCUAGCU